GUGACACUCCGACGCGUGUCUCAGAAUGGUAUAAAAAGCAGACCAAACGCUUUGCUCAUCACUGCAUUAGUUUACUUUACCUGAACAGGUGUGCCUGAUACUCAUCUACAACAGAUUCCCCAGAGGAAGAAGAAUUUACACAAAUCAACAUGAAGGUUCUCAUACUGGCCGCUCUUCUCUGUAUGCACUCUGCUGUGACCCAUGCUGCGACCCGUGCUGCACCUGUCUCUAACUCGACAGCCUCCUCUAUGGUGGAGGGCCCUCUGCCAGCAGUUGAGACUGGACUUCCAGUGUAUCCCAGUCAGUGUCCUUCUGGCUGGUUCACACAAGGUUCCCGCUGCUUUUUGAUGGUGACCUCCAUGAAGAACUGGAGAGAUGCUGCGAGGCAUUGUGUGGGGCAGCAAGGCAGUCUGGCCUCUGUGCAGUCUUCUGAGGAAUACAACUUCCUGCAGACUAUGGUUACAAUUUCAGGUCACUCAAGCGCUUGGAUCGGAGGUUUCUAUUUCCAGGGUGCCUGGCUGUGGAUUGACAGCGCUGGCUUCCAUUACACUAACUGGAAGGUACAGAACAAUGUGUACAGUUAUCCUUGCUUGCAGCUGAAUUCCAUUGGUGGCUGGUCAAACCACCACUGUUCGUAUUCCCGCGUAUUCUACUGUGCCAGGAGCCUACCAACCUGCUGAUGAGACACCUGCAGUGUAACAUUUUCUUUACAUGAAAUUACAUGUCACUGACUUCUGUGUUAUGUAGAGGAAUAAUCAGCCUUGGAAAUCUCUGUAUUGUGGUUUAAAUGUUUGAAAUGCAAUAAAUAUGGGCUGAAAUGUA